UCGUGUUCUUCUUCAGCGGGGGGCCAGCAAAAGGGCCACUUCCGGUUUACCCGGAAAUCAGCGUAAUUCCCAAAGAUGGCGGAACAAGGUCCGAUGGCCAUAGCGAUGCGGCUAAGAAACCAGCUGCAGACCGUCUACAAGCUGGACCCGCUGAGGAACGAGGAGGUGAAGUUAAAGAUCAAGGACCUGAACGAACACAUCGUUUGCUACCUUUGUGCCGGCUACUUCAUCGACGCGACCACCAUCACAGAGUGUCUGCACACAUUCUGUAAGAGUUGCAUCGUGAAAUACCUUCAGACCAGCAAGUACUGCCCGAUGUGCAACAUCAAAAUCCACGAGACGCAGCCGCUGCUCAACCUCAAGCUGGACCGCGUCAUGCAGGACAUCGUCUACAAGCUGGUGCCCGGCCUGCAAGAAAGUGAAGACAAAAGAAUAAAGGAGUUUUAUCAGUCGCGGGGGCUGGAGCGAGUUAUUCAGCCUGCGGGAGACGAUUAUGUAUCCGACACGUCAGGUUUACCGUACACCAGCUUCGACCACUCCAAGGCGCACUUUUACAGAUACGACGAGCAGGUGUCGUUGUGUUUAGAACGACUCAGUUCGUCACUCGCUGGGAAAGACAAGACGAAACUCGUUUUGCAGCAGAAGUUUGUGCGUUGUUCAGUGCGAGCGGAGGUGCGACAUUUACGCAAAGUACUUUGUCAUCGACUGAAUGUGGAAAAACAUCAGGUCCAGAUGUUGUUCAACAAUGAAUUUCUGCCCGAUCACAUGACCAUGAAGCGCUUAUGGUUAUCGCAUUGGUUUGGAAAGGCUCAGCCGCUAGUGCUUCACUACACCAUCAAGGACAAACGUAGCAGAUAGGAUCGACUCCCUUGACUUGAUUUGGACUUUGGCCUUCACCCACACAGCUGUACAUAUUUUGUACAAUACAUAAUUCUAUUUUAAUAAUGGUGUUUGUGUACACAGGCUUAUUUUCCCUCCUUUUUGUAUUUUUGAAGAUAAAUUAAAAAUGUCAAGCAAUCAAA